CGAUGCUGCACAGCUGCCCUGCCUGGGGACACGAACGGCCCUGCCCCGCCCCAGCCUCUGCUUCCCCUGCCGGCAGCUCAGACCAUGGGAGGUCCCCGAUUCAGCGUCUUUCUCGUCUUACGUGCGCUGUGUAUCUUGCUGCUUCUGUCGGAAGAUGGACCCCGGAACGCCAGGGCCUCUGCCUCCACGGCCUGCGCUCCCUGGUGCCCUCCACACUCCACAUGUGUCAAUGGCACUGCCUGUAGCUGCCUUCCGGGAUUCAUCUCUUCAUCUGAGGACAUCAUCACCGACGCCUCAGAGACCUGUGAGGACUCCAACGAGUGUGGACCACCCUUGUCAGUGUUCUGUGGAAAACUAGCAAGUUGCCGGAACACAGAGGGGAGCUACUACUGUGCGUGCAACCCGGGAUACAGGCUUGUUUCUGGAGCAAUGAAUUUCAGUCAUGAGAGUCAGAACACGUGUCGAGUCGUGGACGAAUGUCAGCUGGGCCUUGGAAUCUGCAAAAGCCGCCACAUCUGUGUCAACACCCAGGGUAGCUACACCUGCAGGUACCCACUGGGGCUGAAGACCAACCCAGAGGACCCGAAGCUGUGCAGAGAUGUGAAUGAAUGUUCCUCGGGGCAAAACCCCUGCCACAACUCCACCCACUGCCUCAACAUUCGGGGCAGCUACAAGUGCUGCUGCCGUCCUGGCUGGAAGCCAGUUCCUGGGUCCCCCAAUGGCCCAAACAACACCGUUUGUGAAGAUGUGGAUGAAUGUUCCUCGGGGCAAAACCCCUGCCACAAGUCCACCAACUGUAUCAACACCCAGGGCAGCUACAAGUGCCGCUGCCCUCCCGGCUGGAAGCCAGUUCCUGGGUCCCCCAAUGGCCCAAACAACACCAUCUGUGAAGUGAUCCCCUGCCCCACCUGGACCCCUCCCCCUGGAAUCAAGAGCCAGAGUCUCUCCCACUUUUCAAAACAAGUCCAGGAUCUGGCCAGAGACUUCAGGCCUGCUUCGGCCAAGGACACCAUCAAGAAUGUCAUCAAGGCAUUGGAUGAGCUACUGGAAGUCCCUGGGGACCUGGAGGCCCUGACCCUGCCUGACCGGCACCGUGUGGCCACCUACCUGCUGUUGUACCUGGAAGAAGUCCUGAGGACUCUGGCCACAGCCAUAUCUAAACCCUCCUACACCUACCAUUCCCCUUCAGUCACAGAGCUGUCUCUGGUGAUCCAGGAGCAAGGGAAUGGAACCGUCACCCUGGGCCAGAGCCAUGCACGGAUGCAGCUGAACUGGGCUGAGGCAGUUGGAGUCGGGGAGCCGGGCCCCACCCUGGCAGGCUUAUUCUCCAGCCGCAACAUGCAGAAAUUGCUGGCCAAUGCUUCACUGAAGCUGGACCCCGAGAAGAAAGCCCAGCUGGAAAACACACAUGGAGGUCCUGUUGGUGGUGGCCAGCCCAGGCUCCUGUCCGCUGUCAACACGGUCUUUCUGAGCAACAAGAACACGGAGAAACUAGGCUCCCCUGUCAACUUCUCUUUCUCAUACCCUGAGGAGGAGCCCCAGUCACGGCAGGAGCUAAUCUGUGCCUUCUGGAAGGGUGACAACGACAGUGGUGGGUACUGGGCCACCACAGGCUGCUGGAAGGUGGGCAGCAGGAACGGCAGUACCACCUGCCGAUGCAGCCACCUGAGCAGUUUUGCCAUCCUCAUGGCCCACUAUGAUGUGGAGGACCCGAAGCUGACCCUGAUCACCAAACUGGGACUGGCACUGUCGCUGGUCUGCCUGCUGCUGUGCAUCCUCACCUUCCUGCUAGUGCGGCCCAUCCAGGGCUCGCGCACCACAGUGCACCUGCACCUCUGCAUAUGCCUCUUCCUGGGCUCCGCCAUAUUUCUAGCAGGCAUCGAGAACAAAGGCAGCGAGGUGGGGCCAAGCUGCCGCCUAGUGGCCGGGCUGCUGCACUACUGCUUCCUGGCCGCCUUCUGCUGGAUGAGCCUGGAGGGCCUGGAGCUCUAUUUCCUUGUGGUGCGUGUGUUCCAGGGCCAGGGCCUGAGCAAGCGCUGGCUCUACCUGAUUGGCUACGGUGUUCCUGGGCUCGUGGUGGCCAUCUCAGCAGCGGCCUAUCACAAUGGCUAUGGCCGCAAUCACUUCUGCUGGCUAACAAGUGACCACGGCUUCGUCUGGAGCUUCAAUGGACCUGUGGCCUUCAUCAUUUUGUGCAAUACUGUCAUCUUUGUGAUAACUAUCUGGAAGCUCACUCAGAAGUUCUCUGAGAUCAACCCAGACAUGAAUAAAUUAAAGAAGGCCAGGGUGCUGACCAUCACAGCCAUUGCACAGCUCUUUGUGCUGGGCUGCACGUGGGCCUCCGGCCUAUUCCUCUUCAGAGAAGGUGGCUAUAGCCAUGUGCUGGCCUACAUCUUCACCAUCCUCAACUGCUUUCAAGGCCUCUUCCUCUUCCUGCUGCACUGCCUGCUAAACAAGAAGGUGAGGGAGGAGUACUGGAAGUGGGCUUACAUGGUCACUGGGAACAAGUAUUCAGACUUCACCACGUCCACAUCAAGCUCCAGCCACAACCAGACUAAGGUCCUCAGGACAUCCGAGUCUGGCAUGUGACCACAGGUUUUGGCCAGGCUGGCAGCUCCUGUGGCCUCCUCAGCAGCUUUUCCACCUGCUGAAGACCAUCCCCUCCUCUCCCACCACCCUGCUCCCUCCACCCUCCUUGGAGAGGGGAAGCUGAUAGUUGUUCUUUGGCACCAAACCUAGGAACACACAGCCAGGGUGAAAUUGGACCUGAUGGGCCUGCUUGUGGCUGCCUCUGCUGCACCCCAGCUGGGACUCCGGGCGGGCAGGGGCUGGACCACGGCGACAGCCUCUUGUCCUGGUACACAAUGCCUGGACAGACAAGGCUCCUGUGCCCACCUGGCCCCCCACUCAUCUGUCUGCUACAAAUCAAGAGGCCAGUGUGCUGGGAUUCAACUUUUCCUAUUAAGCUAAGACUGAGGUCAAGGAUGGGAGAAGGGCAUUACUGGCCCGGUGGCUCACGGUACAGAGGCCAGUCUGCCUCUUUGGCAGAAGGGUCUCACUGUUUUGAAGGUGGUGGAUAUUGUGUAAUGUUUCUUAUUAUCUGUAUAAAUUUUCAAUGUUGACACUUAAAUCUCACAUUGAUAC